GCUAAAUUGAACACUAAACGCCCAGUGAGCCCAGCCGGGGCGGGGGAUAUAUAGCAGAGUCAAAGAAUAGUCCAGGAAAAUGUAUCAGUGGUGAGGGGCGAGAAGGGGUUGGACUGGACUGGAAUGGGAUAGAAUGGUAUGGAAUGGAAGCGAGAUGGGGCAGAUGAUGCUUUCAAAGCAUCAGUACAGCAUCCACUCCGCUUCGAACCGUCCACAUUUAACGCGCGAAUGAACAGCAAUCAGCCGAAAUGGGGGAUUCAGCGGAAAAGGGGGCGGGUGAAGGGUCUGGUGGGCAUGGCACUGGCUCUGGUUCUGGACCUGGACCGACCGGGAAUCGGAUGGGCAGUCGGACUGCCAGUCCGGAGGGUUUAUUCAACAAUAAAAGUCAUGAUAGACAUGGCAAUACGGAAAUGCUAUUUUUGGGGCUGCCGCUGCCAUUGCCGUUGCCAUUGCCGCCUUCACACGGGAAUGGUCCACGUCCGCCCUGCGAGCGGAAGCCAGUCGGAUGCCCCAUCCACCCAUCGAGUGGCGAGUUGGAGCUGCCGGCUGGGAGCCGAUGGAGCUGCUCGUAAAUUGCCCGCCGCCGCUCACUUUAACUUAAUUAUAUAAUUUGUGAGACAUCAGCGCUAAAAAAGGGAGACAGGCAGACCAGCCAAAAAGGAAACAUGACAAAGUUCGUUAGAUUCAAAACGAAGAAGUUGAAAUGCCCUUAAAAAAUCGAAUAUAUAUAUUUGUUGUUUAAAAUUCAAAAUACAGAAUUUAUUGUCUACAAAUGAA